AUGUGUCACUUUACCCAAAGAAGUUCAACUUUGUCAUUUCCAAAAAUAUGUAAUAUAUUUUGGCGGUUUCAUCAUACAAGUAUACCCCACUUGUGCAGCUGCAGUAAGACAGUUAGUGAUGAAAAAUACCAAGACCCUUUUCAACUUGGUAGAAAAGACUUGAAGAAUCUCUAUGAAGAUAUUAAAAAGGAAUUACUUGUAUCUACAGCAGAACUUAAGGAAAUGUGUGAUUAUUACUUUGAUGGGAAAGGAAAGGCCUUUCGACCAAUGAUUGUGGUGCUAAUGGCAAGGGCUUGCAACAUUCACCAUAAUAAUUCCAGGGAGGUGCAAGCAAGCCAGCGUUCUGUGGCCAUAAUUGCUGAGAUGAUCCACACAGCUAGCCUAGUUCAUGAUGAUGUUAUUGAUGAUGCAAAUUCUCGCAGAGGAAAAAUGACAGUCAAUCAAAUCUGGGGAGAGAGGAAGGCUGUUCUAGCUGGUGACUUCAUCCUCUCAGCUGCUUCCGUAGCUUUAGCACGAAUUGGAAACACUACUAUCAUCUCUGUUCUAACUCAGGUGAUUGAAGAUCUGGUGCGUGGUGAAUUCCUCCAGUUGGGUUCCAAGGAAAAUGAGAAUGAGAGAUUUGCUCACUACCUCGAGAAGACUUUUAAGAAGACUGCGAGUCUUAUAGCAAACAGUUGUAAAGCAGUUUCAAUUCUAGGCUGCCCUGAUCCCAAAGUUCAUGAGAUUGCAUACCAGUAUGGAAAAAAUGUUGGCAUAGCUUUUCAGCUAAUAGAUGAUGUGCUGGAUUUUACAUCGUGUGCCGACCGUCUGGGGAAACCAGCAGCAGCAGAUCUCAAGCUUGGCUUGGCCACAGGCCCUGUCUUGUUUGCUUGUCGACAGUUUCCAGAAAUGAAUGCUAUGAUAAUGAGACGAUUCAGUAAGCCAGGAGACGUUGAACGUGCUCGGAGAUAUGUGUUGCAGAGUGACGGUGUGCAGCAAACAACCUACCUCGCCCAGCGCUACUGCCACGAAGCUACAAGGGAGAUCAGUAAACUGCGGCCAUCCCCGGAAAGAGAAGCCCUCAUUCAGCUGACGGAAAUGGUACUCAUGCGAGACAAGUGAGAGAACUCCUUCCACUCGUUCUGGCAGCUACUUACCAGACUGUGCCUAAAUUUACUUCAAAAAUUAUUUGCUUCCAACACAGGCUACCAAAAAUUAUGUUUUUAAAAACUUU